GUCACCGACCUGUCACCUGUGUGUGUUUAUGUGUUUACUUUGUGAAUGGCAGGUUCUCUAGCUUUUUUCUUCGUCGUAUGAGAAAGCGAAUAUUACCACUAGGAGUAUUUAAAAGCUAAUAUUAUACCCCUUCUUUUAUAAUUCCUAUACUAAUAAUUGGGGGCCUGGCAUAUCUCAAAAAUCAUUAACAACAUUGAUUUACUUGGGGAAAAAAUGAAUCUCAAUUGAAGAGGAUGUGAUUGCAUCAAACUAAGAAGAACUUUCUGUUAAGCAAUAAGUAAUCAUUGAAGAGAGGGAGGCAAAGCUUCCUGUAGGUGUAAUGCUGCAGAUAAAGGAGUCACAAGAACAGGUGGAGGAAAAUGAGCUACACGAAGAGGUGGAAGUUAAAAUGGAACCACAAUGCAAAAUGGAGGUUGUGGAGCAACAACAAGGACCAGAAGAAGAGGAGGCGGAGGAGGAGGUGAAGAGGCCUGUUGCUGUGUAUCUUCCAGUUAAAGUGGAACUGGAAGAAGAUGAAGAGGAAGAAGCAGAGGAGAAUGACGAGGACUCUUUUAUGCCAUAUGAGGAAGAUGCCUCCCAUCUGGAAUGGAGCUCAACUUCCGCAGUUAUGAUGACACGUAUAUGUAUAAUUGAUAUGGGUUGGAUGUAUUGUAAAUUGAUUUCACAGAGUUUGAACUUUGUGUUUAUAAAAACUGAGAAACAAAAGGCCUUCCGGAAACCGGGAUACUUGAGAUUACACACGAAGAAACACGAUAACGAAACACCCGUCGAAUGCAGUGUGUGCCAGAAGAUCUUCCGAAAACCGCACGUGCUAGUCAAGCACAUGCGGGUCCACACGGGCGAAAAACCUGUCGAAUGCGACGUGUGCGGGAGGAACUUCGGAGAAAAGCGUUUCCUCGUUAGUCACAUGCGGACACACACUGGCGAUAAACCCUACGAAUGCAGAAUCUGCAGAGAGAAAUUCGCAGAUCGAGGUACUUUGGUGAGACACGUUAGAACCCACACCGGGGAGAAACCCUUCGAGUGCCCCACGUGCGGGAAGACCUUCGCUCAGAAGACGACACUCGACCACCACAUUCGGACCCACACGGGCGAAAAACCCUUCGAGUGCUCCGUCUGCCGGAAGAGGUUCACGAAAAGCGAAAACAUGAACAGUCACAUGCGCAUCCACACGGGCGAAAGACCCUUCGAGUGUUCGAGCUGUCAGCGCACGUUCACGAAGCGGGAGUACAUGGUUAGCCACAUGAAGGUGCACACGGGCGUCAAACCGUACGAAUGUUCCGUGUGCAGACAGACGUUCGCGCGGAAGGAAAAUUUGAACGGCCACAUGCGAAUCCACGACGGCUACAAGCCCUACGCGUGCUCCGUGUGCGGGAAGCGUUUCACGGAGCGGGGAACUGUAACGGUGCAUAUGAGGACCCACACGGGCGAAAAACCCUUCGAGUGUACUGUUUGCUCGAAGAGGUUUUCCCAGAGGGGAAAUCUGGGUUCACACAUGCAAACACACGCUCGCGACCAAUCGAAACGGCAGAAGAUCGCGAAGAAAAUAGUCAACCAAAAACCUUCGGACUCUCCUUCCAAU